CUCUCACACACACACACUCACACACACACACUCUCACGCACACACACACACACACACAGCCCCCCUCACUGAGCUUCCCUCGCCAGCAGCUGCAGCGACAGGAAGCUGCUGGCGUGUUUCCUGAGGAAGAGGAGGAGCUCUGUCUCCAGAAGGUGACCGCGUGUCUGUUCUCAGGUAACGUCUCCGCCAGGUGAAACAGGAAGUGAGGUCACAGCCAUGGGCCGGAGGGCGCCGCUCAGCCAGCUGCUGCUGCUGCUGACGGCCUGGCGCUCGCUGCUCGCCGGCAGCUUCCCCGAGGACGCCGAGGCGCUCGCCAUGGUGGACGCUCACUUUGCACGGAGGUACCCUGUGUUCAGAGGCCGGCCCUCUGGCAACGAGUCACAGCAUCGCCUCGACUUCCAGCUGAUGACCAAGAUACAGGACACUCUGUUCAUCGCUGGCAGAGAUCAGGUGUACCUGGUCAGUCUCAGAGAGUCCUACAGGAACGAGAUCAUUCCUUACAGGAAGUUGACGUGGCGUUCUGGUCAGUCGGACAGAGACACGUGUGCCGUCAAGGGAAAACACAGAGACGAGUGCCACAACUUCAUCAAAGUUCUGAUUCCCAGGAACGACGAGCUGCUCUUCAUCUGCGGAACCAACGGCUUCAACCCCAUGUGCCGGUACUACCGGCUGGACAACCUGGAGUUCGACGGAGAGGAGAUCAACGGUCUGGCCCGCUGCCCCUUCGACUCCAAGCAGACCAACGUGGCCCUGUUCGCUGAGGGGAAGCUGUACUCGGCCACGGUGGCUGACUUCCAGGCGAGCGACGCGGUGAUCUACCGCAGCCUGGGCGCCGGCUCGGCCCUGAGGACCGUCAAGUACGACUCCAAGUGGCUGAAAGAACCUCACUUCCUGCACGCAGUAGAAUACGGGAACUACGUUUACUUCUUCUACCGGGAGAUCGCGGUGGAGAACAGCCACCUGGGCAAGGUGGUGUACUCCCGUGUGGCCCGUGUGUGUAAGCAGGAUGUGGGCGGGUCCCAGCGCGUGCUGGAGAAGCACUGGACGUCGUUCCUGAAGGCGCGGCUCAACUGCUCCGUGCCGGGCGAGUCCUUCUUCUACUUCGACAUGCUGCAGGCCGUCAGCGGCGUGCUGGACAUCGGGGGGGCGCCCUCUGUGGUGGGCGUGUUCACCACGCAGACCAACAGCAUCCCGGGCUCGGCCGUGUGCGCCUUCUCCAUGGCCGACAUCGAGGCAGCGUUCAGGGGACGCUUCAAGGAGCAGAAGACUGCGGACUCGGUGUGGACGCCGUUUCCAGAGGACAAGCUUCCCAAACCUCGACCCGGGAGCUGUGCGGGUCUCGGUCCGGCCGCCUCCUUGAAGAGCUCUGUCGAGUUCCCUGACGACACGCUGCAGUUCGUCAAGUCCCACCCCCUCAUGGACGCCGCGGUGCCGUCCAAUGGGGACGAGCCCUGGUUCACCCAGACCCGCGUCAGGUACCGGCUCACCGCGCUGGCUGUGGACCCCCGGGCCGGACCCCACCAGAACCACACCGUGGUCUUCAUCGGCGCCGAGUCGGGGGUCGUCCUCAAGGUCCUGGCCAAGACCUCGGAGGCCCUGAACCAGAGCGUCCUGCUUGAGGAGAUCCACGUCUUCAACACGGCCAAGUGUCUCUCCAGCCACGAGGAGGACCGCCGUGUUCUGUCUCUGCAGGUGGACCUGGAGGCCCACAAUCUGUACGUGGCCUUCUCCAGCUGCGUGAUCCGGGUCCCACCCCAAAAUGCCACAGGUAGGGGGCGCCACGCCGCAUGCCACAGGUAG